GAUAGUCCUGGCAGAAUCUGUGUAUCGCCAAUGGUUGCUGGCACCCUCGACAUAGUAGCGGCAUUCCUUGAGACUCCAAUUUCUCCAGAUCUUCCUCCGAUCAUAGCAUCACCGCCUGGCAUACUUCGCAAACUCCACUUGACAGCAGAGCAGGAGAUUUGGCGGCUCGUGAGAGCCUUGUAUGGGCUACGCGAAUCACCACGCCUCUGGGCUAUCUAUCGUGAUGGCCUCUUGCAAGCCUUGCGGGUGAAGCUAGACCAAGGCGAAGCAUACUUGAAACAGACAUCCGUAGAGUCUAACUUAUGGAUGGUCUUGGAGAUUAGCACGGAUCGUCAAGAUCAGGAUGUCUGCAUUGCCUACAUCCUUGUAUAUGUGGACGACAUUCUCAUAGCCGCCACUAGGAAGGUUUUACUGGCCGUGGCAAAGGCUCUCAAGGAGACAUGGAAGACGUCUGAGCUGUGUAUCCUCUCUUCCUCAGAACCUAUUAGGUUCUUGGGCCUAGACGUGGCGGUUGUGGAGGAUGGUUUUUCCUUGAGUCAGAAAGGGUACGUUGAGGAAGUCAUCCGAGCACAUGGCUGGGAUGGGCAUGCCAAAACUCCGAUAGCCAAGGAAGAUGCCGUGUUUGAGCUCAAGGCAGAUGAUGUUGAACCAAGUCCUGAGGGUGUCUUGUCCGCCCAACAACUAGCAGGAGAACUGUUAUGGGUGGCUCAACGCUCAAGACCGGAUGUUGCAUACGCCUCCACCUUAGCAAGCAGUCUGUCCACAAGGGCCCCACUAAGAUCAGCGCGAAUCGCUCAGAGGGCGUUCCUUUACCUCGGGGAUACUCCGGAGUGGACGUUGAGAUUCAUGCCGGCUGCGUCCACGUUGACCGGAUACGGAGAUGCCUCCUUCGCUCCUGAGGGAGGAGCACUGCAGCUGGCGGACCUCCUAACCAAGGCUUUGUCUGGGUCAAGGAUUCGGGAGCUCGCUCAGCUUUGGUCCAUGUUGGACAGCGUCGCAAAC